UACAAGGUAACGUGUUGAUUAUGGAGAAAGGGGAAUUACUCUAAAAUCCGUUCCAAAAAAUCCAUUGCGCAAUCGAUUGUGAUCAGAGUAAUCUCCCAUGUAAUGUUUUGUUUACAAAAGUGCAAAACUAUUCAAAGAUAGAGGUUGGUUGCAAAGGUAAAAGAACCCAGUGUUCGGAGACAAUCUCCAGAGGAGGUUUUCAGUGUGCACUGACAAUGUAAAAUAUAUAUUUAAAAAGAAGAAAAAAGAAAUUCUGAACACAAACAAGUUACCAUGGGGAUUACGUACACAACAUCCAAGGGAUACAAGGCCAAAGGAUACACCUGUCCCGACGUGGUGAAGUGUUACCCCUCUAUAACCUACAAAAAGUUCCCCAUGCACAAAGUCAAGGGACCAGGCGAGCUAAUACAAACACUGCGCAUUCUUCCCACUUACUCUGUGCAAAAUCCAGCUAUUGAUGCUUGGUGGACAUUUUGCCAGUUUUUCCCAAACAAUGACAACAUUCUUUUCUCAACAUCAUCACCAUUCCAAAUUUUGCAUGGAACAGUAUGGCACCACAAAAAAUGUGUAAUGCUCGAGAUAUCGGCAACAUAUGCCAAAAUGUGCAUAAUAAAAUAUGGUAAAAUAGAAUGUGGCACAGUCCCUCAAGCAACAUGUGAAGGAUUUCCAAAAUUCCAAAUAAAUCCUGAUGGAGUCAAAUUCACAUGUUUAUCCUCAUCCAGCAUCAGUGAACAUUUUGUCAUUUACAAAACAAUGAACCCAAUCAUAACAAGGGCCCAUGACCCUUCUCUCACCCAGUACAAAGACUAUGCCACUUCACCAAAUGGGAGUUUUCAUGCAAUCCUUGCAAAAACCUCUGCAAGCUGCUAUACAUUUUUUGUGUUUGGAUCGUGCAGCUAUUUGCAUACUGAAGCUGUAAUAAAAAUUGAUGACCUAUACCCCACUAUUAAGCCUCCACCUCUGUUAGUGACCGAGAGAAUAGACAUAAAGUGGUCUCCUGACAGCCGACAUGUUGCUGUAGGAUUUUCUAGGGGGCAGUUAACUGUAAUUGAUUGGAGGAAACUCCAGGGGGUCUGCAGCGUGUUUGAAGAUGUGAUCUCUGACCUUGAACUCUGUGGUCCAUCUACUUUUGACUUUGACCCAAGAUCCCAGCACUGUGUCAUGGCUGUUGCUGCCAAUGACAUGAUUUUGUACAGGAUCAAUACCCAUGAAAAAAAGAAGCUUGGCUGCUCAGACAAUCUUGGAAGUUUUGUGGACUGUCUCAAGUACUCAUAUGAUGCUAACUGUAUUGUGACCUCCCUCUUUAACUUAAGAAUCAAAGUCAUUGAUGCUGAUGAACUUUGUUCAUUGUUUGAGAUUAAUCUGAGUGUGACUUGUCCAGAUUUUAUGGACGUUUCCGCUAAUUUAGGGUCCAUUGUACCCAAUGUGACAUGCCUGUCCAUCACUGCUACAGGAGAACAGGUAGCCAUUGCAUGCUGGGACAGAAAAAUUCGAAUACUUCAGCUACCAAAAGUGUUAAAUCUUCAGUGUAUGUGCAAAUACACUAUUCUGAGUGUAGUGGACCCUUCUAAAAUCAUGAAGCUUCCAUUACCACAUCUGCUUAAGGACUAUUUAUAUUCCCUUCCUUUCAAUCCAUAGUAUUAAAAACAUUGGAGAGGUGAAUUGUAGAUCAUUGCAACACCUCCAUUAUUAUCGAAUCUUUGAAGGAUAACCGUGAUAUAUGAUUAAUGCAACACUUUUAUCACUGAGGCCU